AUGAUUGCGUCGUUCACAUCGAUCAAAUUCAACUACUAUCUCAUGCAAGAGAAAUACGAAGGGCCCAAAGAAGAGAACAUCAAGAAAAAAGUAGACCACAUGGAAGCCAUAUUUGAUGGUCGACUCUUUGCUUUACCGAAAGAAUCAGACGCUGUGGCUAAUCUUCUCUGGCGACAGGACUGGGACUGCAAGCGCAACUCCAUCUCAAUGCUUGCGCAGAAGCACUUCAAGCCGAAGGAAAUACACGCCUGCUCGUGUGCGACGAUGAAGGUGAUGUUAAAGGAGAGGAAGAACAUAGUUUGGGAGGAUAUGCCGGAUCACUUCAAGAUGGGCACGUUUGCGAAGCGAGGCAUUGUCGAGGUGGAGGGAUUCAACCCCAGAACUAAGGAGAAGUGUUGGGCAAAGCGGAAGAAGGUUGUCACACGCACAUUCGAGCUACUCAAGUACAACGGAGGCCAGGAAGUCGACCAAGGCAAGUUGAUCUUUGCAAAGACUUGGGACGAAGUGGAUGAUCUGGCGGACGAGUACAAGGCUUCCACUGCCAGUGACAACACAGCAAACGUACCUACCAGUGACACCACAACAAGCGUACCUACAAGUGGCACCACAACAACAGCAACCGAUGACCUACCCACAGAAACCGCUACAGGCAUCAUCGCAGACACAACACCUGCUCUUGCAGUUGCAGCAGCAGCUCAGGCUAUUUCGGCCACCGACAUCGCACAGGCAGACGUCGCAAGUGACGUGAAGCGCUCGAGCGACACGGAGGACGCGGCUGGCGAGGCGGUUAAAAAGGUGAAGACUCGCACCGAUACGUGA